CUUUAUUGUCCGGAUAAGUGCACAUGCAGUUUUGCUGGGAAUAAUGACAAGAAGUUGCUAAGGUAUUUAUAUAUGCUAGUGCGAAGGAAAAUGACACUCAUGCAAUCAUUCGUCACCAUAAAUUAGAUAGUAAGCAUGGUAACCCGGAAAUUGAGUGGAUGAGGCCCACACGCUAUCGCUCUUUUUCUUUGUUUCGUUAACAUUUAGACAUUUACCCACUUUAUCAAGCAACUCUUUUUAAAACCAUUUUAUUAAAAAUAAGUAAAGCAACAAAUUAUCUUAUCAAUUUAAAAAAAAAACUCAAAAUGGCAAAUAUACUAAAAACUCGAAUCACGCUUCUAAUACAUAUAAAAUGGGUAUACAUUUUUGAAAAAUAUAGAAAUUAUAUUUUCGACUUAUAAAUUCUCCAAAUAUAUUUUUAACUCUGAAUAAUUAUGCUAUUACAAACAAUAAAAAAUAUUAAAAUAUUAAUUCUCUAAAUAUUUAGAAAACUUUACAGAAAAUUUCAAUUUAAAACUAGCAUUUCUUACCAAAAAAACAUUAAAUUGAAGACACAAAGAAACAAUUCUUUUUGUAUUUUUUUUUGAAUUAUACAUAAGUAUACUGGCUCCAUAAAAAUGUUCCAGACUAAUCACGUGUUACCAUGUGUUUCUCUUUUGUCCUUAGCCAUACCAAAAUGUUAAUUUCCCAAUGGCAAUGGCUUAGACGGGUGGCUUCAACGUAAAAAUAGGAUCCCAUCUUUUAUUUUUUUAAAUCAUCACAUCUUUUGAUUUUUCUUGCAUCGAUCAUAUCAUCGAAUCCGUGCCAAAACUCAAACUUAAGAAUAGGAUCCAAAGGAGACCAUUUAAAGAAGAUUUCUGGAUCACAUUUACACGACGUAUUCCGAUUGAAAUGUUGUUUAUAUUACAGAUAUAUAUAUAACUAUAUCUCUUGUAUAUUUGGUUUAGUUAUGUUAAAACUCUCGACUCUGAUUUUGUGAUAUUAAAUCAGUUAUUCAUUUAGUAGUUAAUCCAAAUUCUCAUGAGGAAUUAAGCAUGUUAAGGAAAACUGUUAGUCUAUACGACAUCAGAUUAUCAACGGUACUAUACAAACUCAUCAUAUUACAAAAGCACUUGAACUCGAACGCAGAUAGUUUUGACUUAGCUUUUUUCAAGUUGGAUGUUAAUAUUCACUUUCCAAUUUAAAAAUCGGUAUUACAGAUAUAUAUACGAACCUACUACCACUGAAGUUAAAAGAUAAAUAUUUUUCUAUAUAAACUAAGUUAAGUGGCACAUGUUGGUUCACUAAAGCUUCUUCAAAAUAAAACAUUGAGGUUUAGUUCGUCUAAAUUAAAUUACACUUGAUGGUAUACUAAAAAUUAUGCCUAGAAAUUUUACCCGGACUCGAAAAUCCAAACCGGAGCCGAUAUAAAAUUACCGACUUCGAAUCAAACCGAAAAUUUACAACUUUAUUGAUCUAAAAUUCUUCAACCGGAAAGAAUUGGAACCGAAAAAAAACUAUCCGAAUAGAUUCUGACUUGAAAAGAAUCAACCCAAAUAGACCCGACCCGAUAAAAACCGAUUUAUACCCGACUUAAUAACAUGAAUAUCCAAAACUAUGAUUUUUAUGUUGUAUUUUCUAUAUCUUCUUUUAUGAUUUAUAUGAAAUGUCUUUUUGUUAACAAUCUUUACUGUUAUUUUUAUAGUAUUUUCAAGAAAUAUAAAGUUUUAAAUGUAAAAUUUAGAGUACCAAAAUAUUUUGUUUUAAUUAUUAAUAAUUUAUUUAAGUCCUUUUAUAAAGUUAUAUAUAUAUAUAUAUAUAUAUAUGAAAGAUACCAAAUUUUGAUGGAGUUUGGAUAUUCCAUGCUUUUUUCAGAUCCUAAAUACUCAAACCCGGUCCAGAUUUGAUAUGGAUCCGAAAAUUUUGGGUAUUUACAAAUAUUUUAAUUAUAUAUCCAAACAUAACCGGAUUCGAGAAAACCGAACCGAAUCCGAAUAAAGUUUACAAAUAGCUAUUGGAUCCAAAUGUCUAAGAUUUGAAGAAUACAAUUCGAAAGCAACUGGUUCCGAAGACUCGAAUGCCCAAGCCUACAAAAAAAUUGUACAAACUUAUAUGAAUAUUAAAUCAAAAAAAGAGGUACCAUUUUGUUUUUCAUGUAUAAUAUAUGCCAUAGUGUUUUCCUGUUAAUAUCUCAUGUAAUCGUUCAUAUGCUCUUUGAAAAGAAUAUAUGUGAAUAUUAUCUCUUCUUUGUCUCCACACCAGAACCUCCAUCAAAUGCAUGUAUACAUGCAUAUCCGAUCAUGACACAUACUGAUAAAUCUUUCGGACACAUGAUUUAUACAUAAUAAGAAAGCUGAAUUGUAGUAUAUAUGUUCGUAUUAUUUUUUCAAUUAGUGUUGAUACUCCUUUUCCAUACGAAAUGUCUUGUGAAUUUCAAAUUGGUUUUGGAGUCCUAUUGAGUGUAAUAUACGAAUUAACGCAUAGAAAAAUCAAAUCAUUAGUAUUCAUUUUAGUUAUGUGUUAGCUUUCGUUUUUGGGAACUCAAAUAUAACCAUAUAAAUUCGGGAACAAAUAUCCAAUUAUGAAAAAAAUACUGGUACAACUAUAGAAGUAUAUAUAUUGUAUUUAAUGCGAUAGAAAACAGAGGAAUGGAUAAGCGUGUCGUGGAGAAGAAGGACCAAGCAAAGCAAAGAAAGUAAAUAUAUUCUGAGAAAAUCCAUUAAAAGAAACAUUUAUAUAUUUUAAAACAUUUAAAUCUUAUCCGUCUCCUCGAAAUCGUCAAACUGUUGUAAGAAACCUACGAAAUAGCAAACUUAAAAACAGACACAUUCAUAGAUCCGCUUCACUAGACCACCAAAAAGACAAAAACUGAUCACCGAGUUUAACGUACGAAAACCUGUCGGAGUAAAACUUUUUUCUGUUGUCGUCAUGUUUGGUGGAGGAAGAGGACCCAUGGGUGGCGGCGGAGGGAUGCUACGCGCCGCUGGACGCGCUAUGACGAGAACCGGCGUAGCCAACGGCGGAAUUCAAGAUCCCUUCGCUUCAUCUCCGGCGUCUUCGUCGACGACUCCGGCUGGAAACGCAUCGGUUGCUCAUGGUGAUCAUAAACUCGGAUCUUCUUCUGGGUCGAACAACCUGACGCUUUCUGCGGCGUCAGGGUCGCUGUUGAAUUUUCCGGUGGCUGCGACCGCCGGAUGGAGCGGCGGAGCUUUUUCGUUUAUUAACUCCGGCGCUUAUGAAGACUUCGAGUGGGUUUCGGAGGAAGGAACAGAGGAAGAUGACUCUGUUUUUGGCUCUGUUCCGUCUGUUGAUGAAGUCCAUGAUGCUGUCUCUGCUCUCCAGCAGGUUUUCGAUGGAAGUUCGUUUUCUCAGCUGGUUAGAGACAAAUACGAGAGCUAUCCUGAAAAUGGUGGGGGAAACCAGAGCCCCAUAGCGACAGGAAUGGUUCAUCAAGCUCCUUCAUUUGGGUCUGAUUCGGACUGGAUGGAGCCUUCGGUGCAGCUGUGCCAUUCAAGAGUCUUGCAGCCUCAUGCUUAUGAUCAGGUUUACAAUGCUUUUGACCUUCUGCGUACCGAACCGUCUGUCCAGAGAAUGGUAAUAUCAUUGUCAUCUGACAAAGCGGUGUGGGAUGCGGUGAUGAACAACGAGGUGGUGAGAGAGAUUAAGGAUCUCUACAACAAUGGCAUAAGUCAAGAUGAGGAGAGUUCGGAUGAAACUCCCGGGGAGAAUAACGCAGCAGUGGAUUUCAUAAAAUGGGUAUUUGACAACACAAUGGUUAAGGCCAACGAAGUGUUUAAGAAAAUAACAAGGCUCGUGGUAGAGCUCUUGAAUAGUCACAAUGAUGACGGUGUUAACAAGAAGGGGAAAGAUGCCAAAUUCAACAAUUGGCUUGAGGAAAAGCUGAAGACUUCGGUCUUGCUCUCCAUCGUGGUCAUGCUGGUCGUGAUGGUCUCCCGUGCCUGCAACAAGUCUUGAUCGUUUCAAAAUUUGUCGACAAUACAUUUCGUCUUAAUACACUUUCUUUCAAGUCAUGUUGUGGUUUGUUUUGGUAAUGUCUGGUUUUGCAUUCCAUUGUUGACGUUGUAGACGGUGUACUCAGUUGUGCUUUCUGUCAUAAAGAACUCUGAAUAAGAGUUUGCUUUUCUAUCA